AAGACCUCGACAUGUCCCUUGCUGCUCAUGAUGUAGAUGCCCUAUUUUUUGCAUCGUCGACAUGAAUCACGUGCAGAUUUUUGUCGGGUCUGUCGUACAUUCGCUUUCUCUACAACAUCUCGAGAUAAUAGAUGAUGCACUUCUCAUUGUACGCGAUGGUCGCAUCAUCGCACUAGGCCAGGCAGCAAGCGAACAAGAUAUUCUCCAAUCAUUCGGCAUUGUCGACUACGAUGUACAUCAGCUCCCUCCUGGUGACUUCCUCAUGCCCGGCUUUGUCGACACGCACAAUCACGCACCCCAAUAUGCUCAACGAGGUCUGGGACAAGGCAUGCACAUCCUUGAUUGGCUGGACAAGAUCACCUUCCCGAACGAAGCCAAAUUUGAGGAUUCAGCUCAUGCUCGUCGGAUAUAUCCAGGAUGCGUCGCAGGCUUCCUUCGCCAAGGCAUCACUACUGCUAGCUACUAUGGCUCGCGCCAUGCGUCAGCAACCAAGAUACUAGCAGACGAAUGUCUGCGUCAGGGCCAGAGAGCACUCGUCGGCAAUUGCAACAUGAACCGUAAUGCACCCGACUUCUACCGUGAUGAGUCGGUCGAGGCUUCAGUUGAGGAGACGGAAGACUGCAUUGCCCACCUGAAGUCCAUCGACCCUGCCGGAGACCUGGUUCGGUACGUCGUCACUCCUAGAUUCGCGAUCAUCUGCGACAACGAUUUGCUGGCUCGAUUAGGCGCUAUUGCAAAACGGGACAAUCUCGCUAUUCAGACGCAUUUCAAUGAAGCAGAGCAAGAGAUGGAAGCAACACGCGAUUUGUUUCCUGAGUUCGACUGCGAAGCGGAUCUGUAUGAACACUUUCAACUUCUCAACAAUCGCUCCAUUCUCGCUCACUGCUGCUUCAUGAGCGAGUACGAGCUGGACAAAUUGUCUGUGCAUGAUGCUGGAGUAGCACAUUGUCCUAUAGCUAACAUGACAGUGGGCGGCGGAUUCAUGACAGCCCCGGUACGCGCUUUUCUUCGCAAGGGUAUCAAGGUCGGACUCGGCACUGAUAGCGGUGGUGGCUUCUCUUCCAGCAUCCUGGAUGCCAUGUGUCAAGCUCUUAUUGCAUCAAACGCUCGAGAAGUCGCUACUGAUGGUACUGAUAAGGGCUUGUCACUCGAAGAGCUGUUCUAUAUGGCCACUCUAGGCGGUGCCAGAGUUUGCAACUUUGAUGCUAAGAUUGGAAAUUUCGAAGUGGGCAAAGAGUUCGACGCACUAUGGAUCUCUGGCAACGCGUCUGGUGUCAUGGCUCCUUGUGAGCCCGAGGACAGCACACGCACGAUUUUUAAUAAAUUUCUCAUGACUGGCGAUGAUCGUAACAUAAACAAGGUUUAUGUGCGGGGUAGGGUAGUGAAGCAAUGAUAAGUCGGACCAGGUUUGUAGGUCGCAUCGAUAAGUAUAUGAUCACAUUAGCAGAACUUUUGUCUAUAGCUUUGAACUCGUUAAUCUAGUCUUGCCCUCUACCCAGGUAGUAAUUCUUGCUACCAAU